AUGAACGGCGUAGUUCGUUCAAGUUUAUGGUUACUUAUGGUAUGGAUGAUGAAUUUCACAUCAGGUGCUUCUUAUGAUGCACCGAAAUUAUCUUCAUGCGCCGUAUGGAAUCCAAACGUAGCAGGGAGUAUUACUGAAGAAUUUAACACGCCAUAUUCUAUAUGCGCACCGAAUGAUGGUGAUCCAUAUAUGGAUGAUGUAUGCAAUCGCGAGCGAGUUCCAAAAUGGAGAUUGGAUGCAUCAAAUCGUAUCAUGAACAUGAGUAUUAGUGAAACAUGUUCCAGUCUUUUUCCUGAUAUCGAUGGUAGUCUGUCUUACUCGACACUACCAGGACGUCAGGCUCCUAAAAAACUAAUCAAUAAGCUACACUCAUUACCGACGACGAUUGACAAUACUAAUCAAAGUUGUUUCUCACCGAUCAUCACACUCAUUCCAAGUGCCUCACUGCGAUCAUCUCCUCUGCAGUAUCGCAGAAUGAACGAUUUUUAUAUUGGCUCGUACAUUCAACUUAGUUGUAACAGUUCACUCUCAACAACUAUCCAAUGGACUAUUCAUAGCUGCAAUUCAGCGCAGUGUUCAUCGCCCAUUGAAGUUCAUCCGAUGAUCGUAACAACAUAUAGUGAAUUAUAUAUUCCAGCGCGAACCUUACCAUUCGGGGUUUUUCAACUGAAAUUGACGGUGAUUAUGGCUGCGUCAGCAAAUUUGUCUUCAUCCUCCUCUGUCUACGUUGAAAUUAUUCCAUCAGGUAUUGUACCCAACCUUGUUCCAUACGGAACAUCGAUGAUCACGCAUGAACAACAACAAAAUCUCGAACUCAAUCCGGGCGCAUUCUCUGUCGAUCUCGAUGAAGAUGUUUUCAAUGCGAGUGAUUGGAGCUAUGUGUAUUAUUGUCGAAUCUAUGAUCUGUACGGUUUUCCACAUAUUUCCGGUCGGUUAUUAUCGAUUGAUGACGCUAGAAUGAGUGCACAUGAUUUCUCAUGUCUACCUAAGCAAACAGGUAGUGACACUGCAUUGAUCUAUGGAGGGAGAAAUAUCUCACCAAAUUCAUCGUUGAUCAUUCCUGGAGAAUUGCUAACAUCGAAUCAAACAUAUCAAUUCAUGGUUCAUAUGCAAAAUCGUAGAAAUUCGUCAAUUGAAGCUACAGGUUAUUUGCUCGUUCGCAUUGAAGAUACUCGACCACAGCUGAUUGUUAUUGGUUGUAUGAUAUCAACUAUGUGUGUCUCAAAUCUUGAGUUUCAACUGAUAAAUCCUAUGGCCCAAGUAGCACUGUUUUCCAAUUGCUUUGAAAGUUGUUUGUCAUUGCUGAGUAUAACUUGGAAUGUCUACACUGGUACAAACGAAUCUUCGUCAACUAUUCAAUGGACUCCAUUUAAACAAUUUAAUCAAUAUCAAAACAGUUGGUUUUUCGGUACUAAUACAAGUAAUUUUACAGCGACGAGCAGAUUAUUUGCUCAGAAUACGCAGAUCACUUAUUGGCGAUUUGAAGUUGCCUAUACCUUUGCAAAUGGGAAGAGUUCAAGCGCGUUGAACUUCAUUGUUAAUCCACCUCCUCGGAAUGGAUCUUGUUCAGUCAGUCCUCUGAAAGGAACCACAACAACAGUAUUUACUAUUUCAUGCUCGAAUUGGUUUGAUGAACAUGGAAUCAAAGAUUAUUCGUUAUACGGUUUUACAAGCGAUCCAUCGACACAAACUAUUAUUGGUUUCAGUCCUAUAUCCAACUUUGAUGUUCGAUUACCACUUGGCGAUGUCCGCACAUCAAUACUUCAUCUUGUUCUCGUCAUCAGUGACGCUCUCGGCUGUGUUACUGAAAUUAAUCUCGCUUCAGUUCUUGUCAGCUCAGAUCAGUCGAGUAUCGAUGAGCUAGUGGACGUCAUAGACCGUCGCAAUAGUUCUUUAACGGCAAAUCCUUUGCGUCAAUUGCUAUCAAGUGGUAAUCAGAAUACUGUUGGACAAAUUCUUGUCUCGCUUGCUCAACAGUUCAAUAAACUCAACACUGAACUACUGGACAGUGCUGCUACUAAUGGUAUACAUCCGUCAAGUAUUGCUGUUUCCUUUCUCGAUACUUCAACUUCAUCAGAUGUUUCAAAUGUGUUGAAUGCUACAGCAUUGACUAGUUAUAUGAAACAGUUGAAUUCGCAAGCGAACGUCCGCGAUUAUCUAAUGACAUUCGUUCCAAAUCUUGCUAUAAUCACCUCACGUAGUAUUGAAUUGCAAGCGACCGUAUUAGCUCAAUUGACAGAAGCUACAAACCAAUUGACCAGAACAUCAGCAACAAUCGCAUCCGAGAAAUGCUAUCGAUUAGCUCGCGCAUUGAAUGCACUUUCAACGACAAUUUCCUAUGAAGAUGCACGAAAUGCAGCGAAACAAAUUGCUCAGUGUUCUUCAAAUGUUUUGACGGCAAUCAACAGCCCAUUGCAAGAACGAACAUCUGUUCUGGAUUUGGAUUAUCAUCGUGCGAAUGGAUUUCCUGAUGACUAUGAUACAUGUCUCGAAUCUGAAUGGAGCAAUCCGAAUUGGCUUUCUGACCGAAAUGACAUUUCUCGGGAAAGUAUUCAAAAGAAUCGAAAUUUAUGCUAUCAAAAACAAACAGCGGAACGAAUCCGGCGUCAAACAGACGAAACGGCAUCCUUAUUAACUCUCGCUUUAAGCAAUCACUUGAACAUUGGCCAAAAUAUAACAAUGAGUACAUCCUCGAUAUUCAUGUCCAUCGAAACAUUUCCUAUAGAAUCGCUUGCCAAUAAACGACUCGAACCUAUUAGGAAUGUCGAAAUUACGUUACCAUCCACUUUUAAUACAAAUUUGACUUCUAAUCGAGCAAUUUCGCUUCGAUCAAUCAUUCAACCAUUAGCAUCGGCUGAUACAUUCAAGCUGAAAACGCACACGAAUCUGUCGACCUCAGUUUCACUCACCGUUCUCGAUCACAACGGAAAGGAAAUAUCUUUACCAGCAACAUUGGCACACCCCUAUCGAUUGAUUAUCCCACGCGAUCCAAAGCUGAUCAUUCCAUCGAUGACCAUACAAAACGUGACUUCAUUCAAUAAUAUCCCGCAUCAUUUCCUCUUCAAUCUACAUCAUACGAACAUUCAACAAUCGAACAAUCUCACAGUUUCCGUCCAUAUCGAAAUAAAACCACGUAAUCCAAAACUUGCUUACCUAUUCAUUUAUCGAUUCGAUCAAUCACCACAAUUGAAUAGUACAGUCCGUCAAAUCGAUGAUUUCUCUAUUUUCUGCCCAUCAGAUUUAACUCUCGACAGCAUUUACAAAUACUUUCUCGAUAACCAAAAGACUAAAGAUCAUCAAACAUUAAUCUUUGGAUUGCGAGAAUUGAGUUCAACAGAAACAUUCCAAUACUGUUCAAAUCAAUCUCCACACACCGGUAAUAGUCCGCCAAUAUCCGAUCAACCGUUUCGCUUCACAUCAGACUAUGAACUGCGUGUCUAUACAUCCGGUUGUUACUAUUUCGACGAAUUAGUUAACCAGUGGUCAUCCGAAGGAUUAUUAGUUGGACCAAAGACAAAUCAUGAUAGAAGCGAAUGUUUUUCGACACAUUUGACAACGUUCGCAGGUGGUUUUCUUGUUUUACCAGCACCAGUCAAUUGGAAUUAUGUUUUUGCCAAUGCAGAUUUCAAUCGGAAUAAAACCAUCUAUUUGACCGUGAUAUGUAUCUCAAUUCUCUAUUUUCUCUUGCUUUUCUAUGCACGACACAAAGAUAAAAAGGAUAUGGAAAAAUUGGGCGUAACAGCACUGCCAGAUAAUUACAAAGAAGAUCAGUAUUGUUAUCAAAUUCUUGUGUUUACCGGCCAUCGAAAAGGCUCAGGCACGAAAUCUAGAGUGCAUUUUAUCGUUGCGGGUAAUCAAGAUGAAACAGGAGUGCGAAUGUUCGCCGAUCCGCAUCGAAAGAUUUUUCAAUCGGGUGGAAUCGACGCAUUUGUUAUGACCGUGCCAAAAUCGUUGGGCGCAUUGAACUAUAUUCGUAUUUGGCAUGAUAAUCGAGGUGGUGGAUCAUCAUCGUCCUGGUUUUUGAAGUAUAUCAUCAUUCGUGAUUUACAAACGUUGGAAAAAUCGUAUUUCAUUUGUCAACGAUGGUUGGCUGUAGAGAAAGAUGACGGACAGAUUGAGCGUAUCUUGCCGAUUGCGGGCGAAACUCAAAAACAGGAAUUUUCAUACGUUCUAUCAAAACAAGCAUAUCACAGUGUAUCAGAAGGUCAUCUCUGGUUCUCAAUCUUUUCUCGGCCGCCAUCGAAUCGAUUCACACGCGUUCAGCGGUGUACUUGCUGUUUUGUCUUAUUGCUGACAUCAAUGCUUUUGAAUAUUCUCUAUUACGAUCAAGCUCAAGAAGCAAAAUCAAAGAAUACACAAAGCGCUAGUUUAUCCAUCGGUCCACUCUAUGUUACACCCGAGCAGAUUGGUAUUGGUGUUAUUGUCGAGAUUCUCGUGUUCAUUCCAAGUUUACUUCUUGUACAAUUGUUUCGCCGGAUACAACCUCGACGAAAUCAACAACAAGAAGCAUCAUCAUUGCGUCAAACGUUGUACAGAAUUAAACAGUUUGUAGUUCCGGACACAACUGCUCCGAUAGAAACAAAGAAAAAAUCAAAAUUGAUGUUCCCAUGGUGGUGUCUGUUCAUUGCGUACGGACUGUCAUUUCUGUUAUCAGUCUUGGCGAUAUUUUUCAUCAUCGUUCGUGGAAUCGAAUUCGGUGAUUUGAAAACACAAAAAUGGUUGACCUCAUUGUUGAGCGGAUUCUUCUCAUCAGUUCUCCUGAUUGAACCCAUUAAAAUCUUAUUCUUAGCUGUCAUAUUUGCUUGUUUCAUUCGGAAACCCGAUCAAGAUCGAGAAGCAGCUGAAUAUUUGGACGAUGAUCUGAAUGUUGGUUUAGAAGAUGAUGAAGAAUACUUGAAAUCGAUCAAGGACAAUUCGCCGUUUUCUCAUCGAAUCCAAUCGCGUCCUAUCCGUUUGAGCCCAGCCGAAGUUAGUUUCAUCCGUGAUCAGCGUAUUAAAGAGCUGAAAAUGUGGGCAUACAUUCGAGAAACAUUCAUCUAUGCAUGUUUUCUCUCACUUCUGUACGUCGUUAUCUAUACUAAUAUCAAUCCGAACGCAUAUUACGAAGUUCAACAUUUACGAAACUAUCUGUUAUACUCAGAUAAUAUCGAUGAGGAUUAUACAAGUAUUUCCACAAUCAAUGGCUAUUGGUAUUGGUUGGAAAACAGCUUUGUGGAGAAGAUUCGCGCGCAGAAAUGGUACAAUAAUGCUCCGCCACGAAACCUGAGUGGAUUUAUUGAUGAUAAGUCAAAUCGAUUGAUUGGUUGGGUGACUAUCCGACAGUUACGUGUCAAAGCUCAUUCAUGUUCUCCUAAACAACAUGGAAUCGUCUCCGACUGUGUAAAUGACUAUAGUUUUGGCAAUGAAGAGAAGAAUUCUUUUUUACCCGGAUGGUUUUCACAGAAUCAAUCAGCAUCAACGCAAAUGUAUAACUCAACGAUUCUUCAGGCAUUUACGUAUCGAACUGAUAACGAAUUGGAUACCUAUACUAUCAUGGGCGAUCAUGAAACUUAUAGUUCCGGUGGUUAUGUUUACGAAUUUCGAGGACGAUUAACAGAUUUGCAAAGUAAUCUUUCCCAACUACACGAACUGAAUUGGAUUGACAAUCAAACAAGAGCAAUUAUUAUUCAAUGUACUCUAUAUAAUCCAAAUGUUGAUCUAUUCACCUCAGUGAUUCUCCUUACAGAGUUUUCACCAAUCGGUAGUCUCUAUCCUCAAUCUCGAUUCGAUCCAAUUUCAUUCCGCUUAUUCACAUCUGUUACUCAAUUGGUGUGCAGCAUUCUCUACAUGAUUUUUAUCGUCUAUAUGAUGUUUGAAGAAAUUCGAUUAGUCAUAAAGUUACAGGCGAACUAUUUCUCUUCAUUCUGGUCGUAUGUGAACAUCGGCAUCAUCGUUUGCUCAUGGACAAGCGUAGGAAUAUAUGUGUGGCGAUAUACCGAAUCGAACCGAAUUGGGGAGCUUUUCAGUAAAACAAAUGGGUAUGCUUACAUCAACUUACAAUUAGCUGUUUAUGUGAAUAAUGUCUACACUUAUCUGAUUGGAUUCUGCUGUUUCUUCGGUACAGUUAAAUUCGUUCGACUUUGUCGAGUCAAUCGACGAAUUCUAUUGUUCGUUUCCACCAUUCGACUAGCUGCACGAGAUCUUAUCUCGUUCUCCAUGAUGUAUUCCAUCGUAUUUACAUCGUUCGCUUGCUUAUUCUAUUUCUUAUUCAUCUCGAAGAUGCCCACCUGUGCAAGUAUAUUCAAAACGAUGGAAAUGCUGUUCGAAAUGACAUUGAUGAAAUUCGACGCCUAUGAAUUAGUUGAUGCUUCGUCGUUCCUUGGCCCAUUCUGCUUCAGUUUAUUUAUUUUUAUAAUUGUAUUUGUUUGUUUGAGUAUGUUUAUUACAAUCAUUAAUGAUAGUUUUCGAUUGGCUCGUGAUAAUCUUAAACAACAGCGAACGGAAGAUGAACAAAUAUUUGAAUAUAUGAUGAAGAAAUUCCGACGUUAUUUAGGUUUUCGGAGUGAAACUGAUGCUAUCGAGGAAUUUGAUAAACAAAUGCGUAAUGACUAUUGUCAACCGAUUGAACAAUUUUCCGACAAAGUCGACGAACUAUUGAAUGCACUCAAUCGAGUUUAUUCAAAUCAAGUAAAAUCCGAGGAUGUUGUCCUUCAGUUCAAACAAAAAAAUGACCUUGCUUAA